AUGCUUGUGACGGAGGAAGAUAAGAAUUUACUGAAGAAGAACAAGAAGAAGAAGAAGAAGGAGGAGGAGGAGAAGAAGAAGAAGAAGAAAGAGAAUAAUUGGUGCCAAGAGAGACGACAGCAGCUGAAAGCAGAGGCUGGCCUUGUUCUCGAUGAUUAUGAAGCCCUCCAGAAGGAGAGGGAGGCAGAGAAAGAAGAGGCAAAUAAAGCCAUCGCUUAUCUCCGCGAGAUGAAUAACCAGCUGCAGAUGAAAAUGAAGAGCAAUUAUGAACUGGAAAAAUCCAUCUGUCAGCUGAAAGAGGAUCUGAGAAGGGCCAAUGAAGAAAACAGCGCCCAUAUGGAAAAGGAAACCAAACUGAUCAGAGAGAAUGAAGACUUGGAGAAUAAUAGGGCGCCGAACUAA